UUCAACUGACAACAUGGCGAGUGUAGGCGUUGCUUCCCGACUCCUCUCCAAGAGGGUGCUCUCUAAAACAAAAGCCGUCCCUGCUGCUGCUGCUGCUGCAGUUCAGGGAUCUAGAAACUUUCACUUCUAUGGCAAGAAGACAAGUGCCAAAGUAUCAGAUAAUAUCUCUACUCAGUACCCAGUUGUGGAUCAUGAGUUUGAUGCUGUGGUGGUAGGAGCUGGAGGAGCAGGCCUUAGGGCAGCUUUCGGCCUGUCCGAGGCUGGCUUCAACACUGCAUGCGUCACCAAGCUCUUCCCCACCAGGUCCCACACUGUCGCUGCGCAGGGUGGGAUCAAUGCAGCUCUGGGGAACAUGGAGGAGGAUGACUGGAGGUGGCAUUUCUACGACACAGUGAAGGGAUCCGAUUGGCUGGGAGACCAAGACGCUAUUCACUACAUGACCGAGCAGGCACCUGCAGCCGUAGUGGAGCUGGAGAACUUUGGCAUGCCGUUCAGCCGCACUGAGGAUGGGAAGAUCUACCAGAGGGCUUUUGGGGGUCAGAGUCUCAAGUAUGGAAAAGGAGGCCAGGCCCACCGCUGCUGCUGUGUCGCAGACAGGACAGGACACUCCCUACUGCAUACACUUUAUGGACGGUCGCUUCGUUACGACACCAAUUACUUUGUGGAGUACUUUGCCCUGGACCUGCUGAUGGAAAAUGGAGAGUGUAAAGGAGUGAUUGCUCUCUGCAUGGAGGACGGAUCUAUUCACCGCUUCAGAUCCCAGAAUACUGUCAUUGCUACUGGGGGUUAUGGAAGAACCUAUUUCAGCUGCACAUCCGCCCACACUAGUACAGGAGAUGGAAAUGCAAUGGUGACCAGAGCUGGCCUGCCCUGCCAGGAUUUGGAGUUUGUACAGUUCCAUCCCACUGGGAUCUACGGAGCUGGUUGUCUCAUCACAGAGGGUUGCCGUGGUGAGGGAGGGAUCCUGAUCAACAGUGAGGGAGAGCGCUUCAUGGAGCGCUACGCACCCAAUGCCAAAGACCUGGCCUCCAGAGACGUGGUGUCCCGCUCCAUAACCAUUGAGAUCAGAGAGGGCCGGGGUGUUGGUCCAGAUAAGGACCACGUGCACCUUCAGCUUCACCACCUGCCUCCCCAGCAGCUGGCCACAAGGCUGCCUGGUAUCUCAGAGACAGCCAUGAUCUUUGCUGGAGUCGACGUCACUAAAGAACCCAUCCCUGUCCUGCCCACCGUUCAUUACAACAUGGGGGGAGUACCCACCAACUACAGGGGACAGGUGAUUACUCAUACCGACGGAAGCGACAAGGUAGUUCCUGGACUAUAUGCCUGCGGCGAGGCGGCAUGUGCCAGUGUCCACGGUGCAAACCGGCUGGGUGCUAACUCUCUGCUUGACCUGGUGGUGUUCGGCAGAGCCUGCGCCCUCACCAUCGCGGAGGAGCACAAACCUGGAGAGAAACUGUCCCCUCUGAUGCCCAGUGCAGGAGAGGAGUCUGUGGCCAACCUGGACAAGCUGAGGUUUGCUAAUGGAAGCAUGAGAACGUCCGAGAUCAGGCUCAACAUGCAGAAGACUAUGCAGGCCCAUGCUGCAGUGUUCCGUACCGGCUCUGUUCUGAAGGAGGGAUGCGACAAGAUGGACGCCAUUUACCAGACCAUGGAUGACAUCAAGACCUUUGACAGAGGCAUUGUGUGGAACACAGACCUGGUGGAAAGUUUGGAGCUGCAGAAUCUGAUGCUGAACGCCGUCCAGACCAUCCACUCUGCUGAGCAGAGAAAGGAGAGCCGCGGAGCCCACGCCAGAGAGGACUUCAAGGACCGUCUUGAUGAGUUUGACUUCUCAAAGCCCCUGGAGAGUCAGGAGAGGGUGCCCUACGAGCAGCACUGGAGGAAGCACACUAUGUCCUACGUCGACCCCAAGACUGGAAAGGUGACCCUGGAGUACCGCCCUGUUAUCGACCACUCUUUGGACGAGCAGGUCUGUGCCACUGUCCCUCCUGCCAUCCGCUCCUACUAAGAAGAUCUCCUUUCCUCUCACCCCUUACAAGCAAUUCACUCAUUUAUAUACUAUUUAUGAAGAUGAUGAUGAUAUCUGGGACAAGCUUUGCUUAUGGUUGCACAUGUAUCCAUUUAUGAUGGUUAAAUACAAAUCUGUCUUGUCUUUAAACUCCAUCCCUUUAUCUCCCCUUCCUUGUUCCUCUGUGUGUUUUGCCUUGAUUUAAUCUGCGUGCAGCAGAUAGAUAUCAACAUGGUUCUUCUAUGUAUUAGGAGGCACUCAAGACUAGUGGGUGACUUUUCAGCCUCCAGCUGAAGUACAAAAAAUAUUCACCAAGUGUUGCACCACUUAAGUUUGGUUUUCUGUGAUGACCCCAUACUCACAUUUACAAGUCUUGUGUUGCAUUCUUCAAUUAUAACUUCUCUCCUUUUGCUUUCUAAAGUGAAGAGAUGGUGUAAAUUAUUGCAAUUUGAAAUACACAUGUAUGGCAAGCCACAAAGGGAUGUUUUAAGUAUGUAAAUAUUGCUUAAAUGUACAAUAAACAUGAGUUAUACUAAAUGUACUUGUUGAGUAUGAGGUAGUCUGUCCUCACUCAGUAUGGCCUUCGGUCUGUGAUGCUUUUGCUGAUACUUCAUGCGUGUGGUCCAAACAACAAAGUACAUCUAUUUCAUGUGCAGUACAUAAUCAGCUGAUAAACUUAAUUGACCUUAAGUUAUCUGUAAUUCUUAACUCCUAAGGUUAAGCAGCUUGAUGUAGUAUGUAUUUAGCCAAAAUAUGGUGUCACAGCUGUUGAUACAAUGGUUUCUUUAUACAUUUGGUGUUGCUUUCUCUGAGAACACAAGAUAAGUUCCAUUAAGGGUCAGUGACGUAAACAAGGGUUUUGAGGUUGCUGACCAGCGUUGUUCCAGAAGCAAUGAAUUGUUCACCAACAUUGGUGCCAACUCUGAGUACUUCAAGAGCACUUGAGAUAAGAGCGGUUUCCAUUAAACAAAACUGUGGAAUGUAGAAUUGAUGGGAAAAAUCGACUAACUGGAACUCCACCAAUGACUUUGAAAGAUGUACUCGGUGCUGUAACUUGACUGUAUUGCACAAAUUGUACUGUAUUUAACUGCUGAAAGGGAGACUUCGUUUGUUUGCCUGUUUUUAAAAAGCUUUGACUUUAUUUUCCAUCUGUACUUAUUUGCAUAUGUUCAAUAAAGCGUAGCCUGCAUAGAAA